CCAGCAGUCACUGCCGACAUGAAGUCUACCCUAGGGUUUAUUCACCGGAGACUUCAACUUUUACAUGUCAAUCCAUAGUCGAUACUUCCAUCUGCGGAGGAUCCUGAUGCUCUUCAGUCGGAAUCUCAAAAUCAUACUUUGAAAAUAUAAUAAUUAAAAUCGUAUGAGAAAAAUUGUAGAAAAUCGCUGAAAUUAUUUGCGUUGUCAUCAUGUUGUCACAGCCAGUGGAGACACUGCCAAUUCGUUUGACAAAGUUUUUCCUGAGUGCAGCUGGCUUCACCAUAGCCACUACUAAACGUGAAAAACUACUUGUUGAUGUCAUCGUGACUUAUUCCACAAUCGCCCUGGCAUUUGCCUGUUGUGUUACUGGUAUGGAUAUUUACAACUGCUGGGGCUCAUUCUAUGAAUUUGUGUACUCGUUCAUUGGAUUCGGUACGUGUUUCAUCGUUCAGUCGAAAUUUGCGGUGUUCAUGUUGAAGAGGAAGAAGUAUUUGGACCUGAUGAGGUAUACGAGUGAGAUUCUGUGGACUACUCAUCACACGGAGUAUGGAAAGGGAAUUAUCAAGGAGUGUGAAAAACAAGCCAUGUAUUUUAUCGUUUUGUUCACUUUCUUGGCCCAGGGGGUCAGCCUGUGCUAUACUGUCCAGCCUAUUUUACUUAAUAUAGGGAGGAAUGAGACUGAUAGGCUUUUUCCAUUCACAUUUUGGGUGGAUCUACCAAUAUACAUGUCUCCCUGGUUCGAAAUAGCUUUUGUCGUACAGGUACUGUGCUGCUAUCACACAUCAAUUUGUUACUUCUGUUUCGAUAAUUACUUAGCCCUGACCAACAUAUUCAUAACUGGGCAAUUGAAAAUCCUAAAAAAUAGACUGGAAACACUAUUCGAUGUUCACAACCCCGACGCGAACGAGCCCCAUGGCAUCAAGAAAUGGUGUUUAGUGAGAGGCAGAGGAUUCAGAAAAACUACCCAUGAAUUGAAAAAUUGCGUUAAACAGCAUCAGACACUCAUAGAUCUCGUUGACCAAGUGGAAGACAUAUACUCGUUCAUAAAUCUACUCCAAGUACUUGUCUUUAGUUUUCUCAUUUGCCUGGUUGGAUAUCAACUCAUUCUGCCGGGCAAUUCUACAAUGAGACGCAUUCUUUUCAUCGUAUACUUCGGUGGGUGCUUCACCCAACUAUUCACAUUCGCCUUCACAUGCAAUAACUUGACCCUGGCGAGUUUGGAUGUUGGUGAGGGGCCUUGGCAUUCAAAGUGGAACACUAAAAUUCGCUGUAAAGAAGGUCGAGCUAUCGUUCGAGACUUGCAGAUGGUCAUCAUGAGGGCCCAGAAGUCGUGCAAACUGACAGCUUUUGGCUUCUUUCCCGUGACUCUCAAUACUUUCAAAUCAAUGCUGAGCACCGCAUUCUCAUAUUUGACUUUGAUGAGAAACAGUGAAGAGAUUAUUGAAUAAAAUAUUAAUUUGUUUAAGAACAAUGGUGAAUCUUCUCUAUUGAAGACGCCAGGACUCAAGUUGGUUUGCGAGAGUAAUUUUUUCCGAAUAAAAAUAAUGAAAUUGAGUGGGAAAGUGAGCAUUAGAUGGGAGAAGCCACCCACGGUUUUUCCGAAGUAACAAAGGAAGGGAUUGGGUCAGCCUGCCCAGCGGUCAAAGAUGAGUAGCCCCUUUGUCUGCUGGAAAACGUAAAGCCCAGGGGAUAAUCCCACCGCAUAAUUCCCUCGUCCGUCAACUCUUUAUUCCUCUGUGAUUCGGAAAGAAAACUUUGCUGAUUAAUUUAUUGAUAUUUUAUCGGAAUAAAUGAAAUUUCAAAACCUUUUUAUUUUUUCGGUUUCAGCCAUGAAAUAUUUUGUUCCCCGCGAAAUUCUCAUUUUUGACAAAUAACAGGGCACAUUCAGAAUCAACGGAGAAAUUUUCAUUGACCUCGUUCGAGGACCCGAGGUUUGUAUUUCGUGAUAAAUCUCCUCGUGUCUAGCUCGAGGUACCACAUUUACCCGGUUCAGUAUCAAAUAUCGAAUGCGACAAUCGUUGAAAAUCGCGUAUGUAAACUGGAGUAUGACGAUGCUCAAUGGGAUGCAGAGUGCGGGUGGAACACCUUGAGGCUUCUCACCUGCAUAAUACAUGCUCCUCGUGAAUUUUCACACGGAACGUGCCAACACAUAAAAUUAUCCCGAAGUCUCUGGGAUCUGGGAGAUGUUGCCGCGAGAAAUUGCGAUGCCUAGAGGGCCACUGUGAGUAAUCUAGAAAUUCUUUAUUCAAUUUGGUAAAAGUAGCUCAUAUUGUUUUGGAAAUCAGUCAGACAAUUUGAAGUCGUGACGAUAAUUCGAAUUCACCGUUCAAUAUUACUAAAAAAUCAGUGGAUCGAUUUUUGAAGCUGCCAUUCUACUUCUCAAAAAAUGCAAUAUUUAUCGUUUCAAUAAUGUUACUACAUGGGCAUCGCACACGAGGCCCCGGAUUCACCAGGAUGCGCAAGGAUAUGUGAAUCAGAUGGAGAUCAUAUGAGGACUAUAUGAAUCCACGAAAGCCAUCAAAUUCAUGAGAUUCAAUGCGACAAAAAAAGUUAUCAUUAUUCUUCAUCAUUUCAACUGAUUUAUGGACACGUGACUAUUUAUCCGACAACAUUCCACCCAAUUAUUCCACAUCGUUUUCAUCAGUACAACGUUAUUUCACGACAUUAUAUGUGUUACAAACAACGCAACUGAAGUUAUUCUAACAUGUAGUUUAUUGUUAUUCCAAAAUGUAAAAAAUUUCAUAUUUAAUGUAUGUGAUCCCCCCGAUUGCAAAAUAUGAGCUUCAAAAAAUUUCAGAAAGACGACGUUUCAAAUUUCUCGCUCUCUCGAAUAGAAAAGACAUAAUUUACCCACCAUCUUAAAUAAUCCUUUUCAACAAUUAAUAUAUUUCCUUAAAAUAGAGAAUUUGUUUUUAUUUCAGUUCCUCCGAUGCGCUGAACCGCGCCCACCUUUUGAACCUCCAUCAGCAAACCCUGACAGACCGCAAGUUCUUGGAUCGUCGGUCUAUCGUCGGUUGUCGGCAAACUAGGAAUAUCUAGGUAGCACAGCUCUCACAUAUCUAUGAUAAUAUAUCGUUUCCCCUAAUCUCCCCGCAAU